UUGUUUUGGAAAAUUUGGAAUAUGAAAUCAAUGCUUUUUGAAUGGAAACGGUUAUUUCUUAUUGCAUUUUUUCACAAUGAGUUAAACGAGAGCUGUUAAACAAAGGCAAACGUGCAUUGUUUUCAAUAAGUGACUUAAAUAAACCAUUAAAAGAGGUAAUGUCGACCUUCUUCGUGGUCCAAGAAGGGCCUGUAAAUGCCCUGGCGUUGAAUAAAGAUUAUUCACAAGUUGCAAUCGGUGGAAGAAAUGUCUUCAAGGUGUAUGCUGUAGAAGAGGAUAAGUUUCGAGAAGUGUGCAAUGUAAGAGGAUCGAAACAUCUAAAUCAAGGUUUUUCUUACAAUGACGUUUCUUGGAGCCCUACUGAUGACCAUUACUUGGCUACAGCUGCUACGAAUGGACACGUUUCCGUUUGGAACCUCACCAAAAUGGGUAAAGCCAUGCAGGAACAAGACUACCAAGAUCACAAAAGAACAGUAAACAAAGUAAACUUUCACGCAUCUGAGCCCAACAAACUAAUAUCCGGCUCGCAAGACGGUACCUUGAGGUACUUCGACAUUCGUCUGAAAAGCGCUGUAGCGAUCUUCUACAGCAAUACAGAGAGCGUUCGCGACGUGCAAUUCUCUCCGCACAAUUCGUAUACUUUUGCUGCGGUCUCCGACAACGGUGGCGUUCAGCUAUGGGAUAUUCGAAAGAGCGAGAAAUGCUUGCAGCAAUUCACGGCCCACAGCGGGCCCGUGUUCGCCUGCGAUUGGCACCCUGAGGUCACGUGGCUCGCCACAGCCAGCCGAGACAGAACCAUUAAGGUGUGGGAUCUCACUGGUAAACCGACUUUAGAAAGGACGAUUCACACUAUAGGUUCGAUAGGUCAUGUGAAAUGGCGCCCCCAAAAGAAAUAUCACAUAUCGAGCUGCGCCAUUGUCAUAGAUUGCAGUAUAAACGUGUGGGACAUACGUAGACCGUACAUACCUUACGCUUCGUUCAACGAACACAGAGGAUUUCCGAGUAGUGUACAAUGGAAAGGCGAUCCCGAUGUGUUUCUGAGUUGUGGAAAGGAUUCUACGCUGUAUCAGCAUUCGUUUAACGAUGCUUCGAGACCGGCGGCCAAAGCCAAUCCUCAAGGAUCGUCGAUGAACAACAGAGGAGAAGUGUUAUUCGCUAAAAAAAAUUCACCGUUCCACAAUAUCGCUUCGUCGAGCUCUUCUUCGUUGACCAAAGCGACCGUUGGUCUUAUGAGGAAAAUAUCGACAACCCAACCUAUAGAUCAAUUUCACGAUGCUUCCAGCACCCUCCAUCAUAUAACCUACGUAAACGAAGCCGUCAACGAUGAAUCGCAAAACUUCAUAGCGCUGGCCAAAAACUACGUUCUACACGGAAGAAGUAUAUCGGAAUUGUGCGAGCACAAUUCGACUGUAGCGAGAGAAUUCGGUAAACCCCACAUCGCCGUGGUGUGGAAGAUCAUAAAGACCAUGUACGGGGAGGAAUUCAUGCAGAACUCCGUCAAUUCGAACAAUACGAGCAGAGACGAGCCCCAACACAAUAACAAAACCGCCAACGGUACGAUGGGAGUUCUACCGGUCGAAAACGUGAACAAUGUUAGAGACGCCGAGACUGAAACGAAUUGCAAGACUACUAACGAGGCCCAAACAGCUCAAUUUAGUGGAGGCGACGAAGAGACUGAAUUGGAGGACCAAGUUGAUAAUUCUCAAUCGUACAACGGCUUUCCGACGUACCUCAACAUCGGAACGGGCUUGCCGAAAGGAGAUUUUUCGUUUGGAGAAAACGAAUUAGACAUGGAAUUGGAUAGUAUAAAUUCCGGUGACUGCUAUUUUCUAGAUUUCCACACGGGCUACAGGGGCUUCGAUCACGUGAAUUCCGACGAUUCGGAGUACGUGCUGCCGAACGAGGCGUUUCCGGUGCGGCACGAGAUCAAGGACCGCUCGCCGCCGCCCGAGCAGUUCCCCAACCACCAUUCGCCCGAUUUGAGCGAGGAAUUGGAGAUGUUCCAGGUGGAGGAGAUCUCGCCGACGCCGAUUUGCGUGACGAAGAUCCCGAAGAAGAGCAUGUGGGAUCCGAGCAGCUUGGUGGUGGAGGCGCUCCGGCAUCACGCCAAUUUGGGCGACAUACAAACCACCGCGUGCAUAUUGAUCGUGUUGGGCGAUUGCAGGAGAUUCUUGACGCAGUUGGACGAGGCCACGCAGGAGCAUUGGGUGAUGGGCUACAUCGAAAUGCUCACCAGCUAUAGAUUGUGGAAUAUCGUUACGCAAGUGAUUAAACGUUCGUGGUUACCAUCGGUCUAUCAGCUCAAUCAACAGAGCACUCGAAUCAAUACGAAUUGCGGUAAUUGCACGAAGGCUCUGCAACGGGUGGGAUGGCUGUGCGACAAAUGUCAUUCCUCGAAGUACGGGGUGUGUUGCAUAUGCAAUCAGGUGGUCAAAGGGAUAUUCGCUUGGUGCCAGGGUUGUUCACACGGCGGUCACUUGGCGCAUAUUAGACAGUGGAUGGGUUCGCAUAAAGUGUGCCCGGCCGGUUGUGGACAUUUGUGCGAGUACGGAUGACAAUGAAUGUAAAAAUUUUGUUAGGAAAUGUUUGUUAGUUUCUUGCCAUUAUUUAGGGUUUGUUCAGAUAAAGUUCGCGGAGUUUGAUGACUCUUAAUGACAAUAGUUCAUAUCAUGUAUCGACUUUGUUUGGAACAAACGUAAUAUUUUAAUUGUUUUGUUUGUAAUGUCAGCUUUGCUGGAUUGGAGUAUGCCUGUUGUGGAAUGUAACAUGUUGUAGCAAGGAUUAUUAUUUUUAUUAAAGUAACGAAAGUUCCUGUAUUAAAAAAUUUACAGUUUUCAGUUCUUUUUUAUUAUAAAUUUUACCAAUUCCAGAAUUCCAUAAGAAAAUAUAAGAGACUUGUUAAAGUGAUCUGUUUUGACGGUGUUUAUAAAACAGUUGUAAAAUACUUAUUAUUGUUUGUUAAUUUGUUGUCACACGUUUAUGUUUCGAAAAUAAAAAC